CUCCUUCCCAGUACAAAACCUAACUUAGCAGACAACACAACCGCAUAACUUUGCCUUUUCGAAUCAAAGGUAAGAUCUUUUACCGAUUCAUUCAUUCAUUCAAUCCAUUCUUUCAAUCAGUUUAUUUGGUUUCCAAUCGAAUCAAUUCAUUCCAAAAUCAAUUACUUUCCAAAAUCGAGUUGGGUUUUUCAAGCACUUGAUUGAUCGAACUGAGAGAUUUAUCAGGGUUUUAGGGUUUGCAAUUAGGGUUCCAUGGAUGAUCUUGAAAAAGCUAUUCUCAUAAGUUUCGACGAAUUAGGGACUGUCGAUUCGGUACUGAAAUCACGAGCUACUGCUUUCAUUCAACAAAUUAAGGAAAACCCAUCGAUUUGUCGUAUUUGCAUUGAACGAUUGUGCGUUUCGAAGGUAGUUCAAGUUCGAUUUUGGUGCUUGCAAUGUCUACACGAAGCUCUUCGUGUUCGGUACUCGUCAAUGAGUCCCGAAGAGAAGUCUUUUAUAAGGAAGUCUGUGUUUUCCAUGGCUUGUUUCGAGGGUAUUGAUGAUAAUAAUAAUAAUAACAAUCCUGUUAGGGUUUUGGAAGGUCCUUCUUUUAUCAAGAACAAGCUUGCUCAGGUUUUGGUUACUUUGAUUUACUUGGAAUACCCGUUAAUUUGGCCCUCCGUGUUUCUGGACUAUCUGCCUCACUUGAGCAAAGGUGCACUGGUGAUCGAUAUGUUUUGUCGGGUUUUGAAUGCUUUAGAUGAUGAGUUGAUUAGUUUAGAUUACAAUCGAAGUGCCCAAGAUUUGGCUGUUGCAGGGCAAGUUAAGGAUGCAAUGAGGCAGCAAUGUGUGCCUCAGAUUGUCAAAGCAUCCUAUGAUAUUAUCUCAAUGUAUAGAAAUUCUGACCCGGAAAUUUGUACCAGUGUUUUGGAUUCUAUGAGGAGAUAUAUUUCUUGGAUUGAUAUCGAAUUAAUUGCGAAUGACUCAUUCAUCCCACUUUUGUUUGAGCUUAUUUUGGUGGAUGGUUCGCCUAAUCAACUUCGAGGUGCUGCUGUUGUUUGUGUCUUGGCAGUAGUUUCCAAGCGUAUGGAACCAAAGUCCAAGCUUAGACUUUUGCAGAACCUUCAGAUAAAUAGGGUUUUUGGUUUGGUAGCCAAGGAUAGUGAUUCCGAGUUGGUUUCAGAACUCGCAGCAUUGCUCAUUGGGUAUGCCGUUGAGGUUCUAGAUUGCUCCAACCGUUUGAAUUCUGAGGAUGCUGUUGGGGUUCCAGUGGAGCUUUUAAAUGAGGUUUUGCCCGCUGUUUUUUAUGUCAUGCAGAGCUCUGAGGUUGACAAAACAUUCAGCAUUGUGCAGUUUCUUUCGAGUUAUGUUGCCAUGAUGAAGAGUCUCUCUCCAUUGAGGGAGAAGCAGCUGCUUCAUGUGGGUCAGAUAUUGGAGGUGAUUCGUGCUCAGAUUCGAUAUGAUCCUAGUUACCGUGAGAGUCUUGAUUCCCUGGAUAAGAUUGGGAGAGAAGAGGAAGAUAGGAUGGUGGAGUUUCGAAAGGAUUUACUUGUAUUGCUUCGUAGUGUGGGUCGUGUAGCACCUGAUGCAACUCAGAUUUUUAUUAAGAAUUCAUUAGAUAGUGCUGUUGCAUCUUCUGCUGAUAUUAAUGUUGAGGAGGUAGAAGCUGCAUUGUCCCUCUUAUUUGCGUAUGGAGAGUCGGUAAGUGAUGAGGCAAUGAGAUCUGGAAGUGGUAUUUUGAAAGAGUUGGUGCCAAUGCUCUUGUCAACAAGCUUUCCUUGCCAUUCUCGUAGGCUUGUUGCACUUGUGUAUCUAGAUACAAUAACAAGAUAUAUGAAGUUUGUUCAGGAACAUACUGAAUAUAUACCUAUGGCUCUGGUUGCCUUUCUCGAUGAAAGAGGAAUACACCAUCCAAACGUCAAUGUGAGUAGAAGGGCGAGUUAUCUUUUCAUGAGAGUUGUUAAAUUGCUCAAAGCAAAGCUUGUGCCUUUCAUAGAGACAAUCUUGCAGUGUCUCCAAGAUAAAGUUUCACAAUUUACUAGUAUGGAUUGUGCAUCAAAAGGUGUAUCUGGUUCUGAAGAUGGUACUCACAUUUUUGAGGCAAUCGGCUUAUUAAUUGGGAUGGAGGAUGUACCACUAGAGAAGCAAACUGACUUCCUUUCGGCAUUGCUUACUCCUCUGUGUCAGCAGGUUGAGACAUCACUUUUAAAUGCCAAAGUGCAGAAUCCAGAAGAGUCUCCUGAAAGGAUUGCAAAUAUCCAGCAAAUAAUUAUGGCCAUUAAUGCCCUCAGCAAGGGUUUCAGCGAGCGCCUUGUUACUGUUAGUCGGCCUGCAAUUGGUCUCAUGUUUAAGCAGACAUUGGAUGUUCUCCUCCAAAUUCUGGUUGUGUAUCCAAAGAUAGAGCCCUUGCGAUAUAAGGUCACAUCAUUUAUUCAUCGCAUGGUAGACAUCUUAGGAACAUCUGUCCUUCCCUAUCUCCCGAAGGCGUUGGAGCAGUUGUUUGCAGAUACUGAGCCAAAUCAAAUGGUGCAUUUCCUUGUGCUACUCAAUCAACUAAUCUGCAAAUUCAAAACUGCUAUCCGUGACAUAUUGGAGGGAGUAUAUCCUGCUAUUGCUAGCAGGAUAUUUAGUAUUCUCCCAAGCGAUGCAUUUCCUUCUGGACCUGGGAGCAAUACUGAGGAAAUUCGCGAAUUACAAGAGCUUCAGAGCAUGUUGCACACGUUUCUUAAUGUGAUAGCUACACAUGAGCUGUCUUCAGUUUUCCUUUCCCCCAAAAGUAGGGCCUUCUUGGCUCCAAUGAUGCAGUUGCUGUUGUACACGUCCUGUAAUCAUAAGGAUAUCUUCGUAAGAAAGUCUUGUGUACAGAUAUUUAUUAGACUAAUUAAAGAUUGGUGUAGCAAGCCUUGUGGUGAAGAAAAGGUGCCUGGUUUUCAGAAUUUUGUAAUUGAGACCUUUGCAACAAAUUGCUGUUUGUACAGCGUGCUUGACAAGUCCUUUGAACUUAGUGAUGCAAAUACUCUUAUUUUGUUUGGGGAAAUAGUGUUGGCUCAAAAGGUCAUGUAUGACAAGUUUGGCAAUGAUUUUCUUGUUCAUUUUGUAUACAAAGUUUUUCCAACUGCACAUUGCCCCCAAGAUUUGGUUGAGCAAUAUUGUCAAAAGUUGCAGGGUAAUGAUAUGAAGGCGCUAAAAGCAUCUUACCAAACACUCAUUGAAAAUUUGAGACAACAAAGAAAUGGAAGCCUUGUUUUCAGAUAGCACUGUCACAAAAUGAAAAUCUGAUUAUCACCAUUGCUAGAUGCUUCAGGUUCUCCUACUCUGGACCAGUUGCGGGAAUCAAAUUUUUCUCACCAGAGUUUACAUUUGUGGACAUUGCAGGGUUCUUUUCAUUCUGUAAAUAAAAAUUGUGUGGUUCUUUGUUGAUACCGAGGUGUAAAUUUUCGGAAGCAGUUUCUUUGAUAUGAAAUGUUGGAAAUCUCUGCAAGUUUUUUUUUUUUGGGCCAAGUAAAUGAUCCAGUUUUGAUGUGUUUUGAGGCCAACUAAUUUAUCGCUUGUAAUCUCUCGGAGAAGAUACAGUUGUGAAAGAAAGAGAUCGGGAAAAAGCAGGGACUGAGUUUUGUACCUUGGAAUUUUGAUGUCCUACAGUAAUAGGGUUUGUUUGUUUGUUUGUUUCAAAUAAUAUUAUUGCAGUGUUUUUUUUUCCAAUCAAUAGGAGUAUAUUGGAAUAUCGCAUAGCUUGGAAUGCCAUGAAUGUCUGUUGGGGUUCUGUGAGUUGUAGGAGAAGUUGUUCAGAUUCAUGAGAUACAAAAGUCUUUCAUGUUUUCAGUUGUCUGACUUUAAGGUUACGGUACAAUAAUCCUGCUAUACUUUCAAAUCCUGGAGUUAGUAAACGUGCGGGUUUGGGCAAAUCAAAAUAGUUAUGUAUUAAAGUAAUCAAUUUACAUU